AUGUCAAGGAACAUAUCAUAUCCUGCUCCUCAUCCCGCCCCAUAUAUCGGGCAGCCCAGAGCGAGCAGCAGCGCCGGAGAUGGGUACUACACAUCGAGCUCCAGCAAAGACAGACAUGCGAGGCAGACUAGCGCCUCAAGGUCUGCAUACCCAAAUGCUCUUGAUUCGUCUAUAACGCGUCUGUUGGUCACUACCAAGCAAUUACUGCAAGGCUUGGAGCAAUGGUCACAAGGCAUCAUCUCGGAGACAGAUGUGAGCGAUAUCUACGUGAGACUGGGGAAUGGAUUUGAAACAUGCGUGCAAGCUUUCAACCGAGUCAGCAUCGAGACCAGCGAGCUAAGCUCUAUACCGCAAGAUCUUCGUAACUGCCUCGAGCAAUGUCUAUCCGGAGAGCAAUCCAGAGAAACCCUGGAGCUCUAUCUACCCGAGAUCCGCCAGAUCAUCUACAACCUCCUUCAAGGUCUGAAGCAAAAGCAGUCUCAAUACAAACGGAUGAUGCAGGACAAGGGCAGGUCGUAUGAGCCGAGCUCGUCUUUGACCAACCUAUCUCAGACUUCCCAAGCUCCGGCGGCGCCUGCCAUAUCUCAGCCCAUAGCUCAGCCUGCCCCCAAUCCUCCCCACCGGAACGCUUCUAGAGAGUACCCCGAUGAUCCUCGUCUGUCUGGGCGCUCUGGUACUUCCACAGCGUCCGCAUCGCCAUCUAUGAUCCAACAACAGCUGCCACAAGGUUAUCCCUCCGUCUCUCCUAUCCCGACACAGCGUACACCCUCCAAUCCUGCUUUGGCAGAACGCGAACGCCGUCCCAUGCCGUCCCGCCCACCACCACCAGAUGCCUUCCGCCCCGCCAGACCUCCCGGUCCUCGGCGUCCUAGCUCGCCAAAUCCACCGCAUCAGGAUGGUAUCCAUCAUGUCAUGGCCCGUGGCGGAAGCUCCGAUAGCCAGAGUCAGUCGAGCUAUGACAUCCCCGUCAUCUCCAUCUCGCCUGGUUCUCGGUCCAGUUCUGGUACGGCUUUGGCGGGUGCUCCCUCUGCCCCUCCCCUUCCUCAAUCAGUUGCACCACAGCCCAAACCUAAUCUUUCCAUCAAUACCAACAAGCCUACACCUCCUCGGCCUGAUCGAUUCCCUCGUGAUAGCUUUGGACGGCCGGUAUCGAGGUUUUCAAUGGACUCGGAGGCGUCUGUGACAUCGCCUGUGAAUGAGGCUAGAGCAAGUGUGACAGCUGGAAAGAUGGACGCGGUGCCCGAGGAAGAGGAGAAGAGGGGGUCGGUUGACCUGAGACGGAGACCGGCGAGAACGAGCUUCGACAGGCAAUCUAGAGCUAGUGGGAGCAGUGAGAGGCAUUCCCAGCAGCCUAGCAGUGAGACUCCAGCUCUACCCUCUUUGGAGCUGCCGGGGCAGAUCAACCUGCAGUCUUCGACCCCUCCUGCCGACCAACAUAAUUUCUCGUCUCUCCACCCCAAUCUACCUUCCCCCGAGUCUCUUCCGAUACCCGAAGUACCCCCUGGCACUCGUGCGACUCUUGCCGCCUUGGGCCGUUCAGACGUCCUGGAACGACGAGCUUCCAAACGAUUCUCGUCCUUUACGAUGGCCAACUUUGACCCCUCCUCUCCUCGUGCAAGCCCACAAAGACCCACCCGUCGAGCUGCUCAGCAGACUAUGAGAGAGCGAGAGCAGCAGCAGAUGCAGCAGACGAGUGCUGUCACACCCCUUCCCGAGGGCGUUGGCCUCGGUGUUGGGGUGCCGGAUAGAGCUGGAGGUUCGAGAGGUGGAUCACCGAAUUUGGAGCAGGUGCAAGAGGUCGGGGAUGAGGAUGUGACACAUAGCACAAUUGAGCCUUCCAGUCCUACUGGAUCUGUCCGUAUCGUCAAGACACCCCCUCCUUCCUCGCCAUCGGCUACUCCCCGUCCCCCGUCCUACCCCGCUGUCCCACCUAGAGAUCCGAACAAGCUCUCCGUCUUUCUUCAAAUCGGGCGCAAGACCAAGAAACAGACGUUGGACCUGCCAAUCACGCUGGAGCAGCUGAAAUUGGUGUUUAUGGAGCGAUUCGAGUAUGAUCCGGGAAAGGAAGACUUUCCGGAUGUGUAUAUAAGGGAUAAAGAUGGGAUGGAGUAUGAACUUGAGGGGAUUGAGGAUCUGAGAGAAGGGUGCACAUUGUGUUUAAACAUUGAACCUCUUGACCAAGUCAAGCUCCACAUCGACUCUACUUUCGCCACGCUCAUGACAGAGAUGAAAGAUCUCCGAUCAGCCCUGGCAAAAGAAAAAGAGACUACCAAACGCCUCUCUGUACUCGCCCCUCCAGCUCUCAAAGAAGACUUCGCCCUGAGCCCCUCUGCGUCUCCGAACCAAGUGGCUGCCAGUACCGCGUCCCUCCCCGCCCCCACACCCCUCGUCGUCGGUCCUACGGAAGACCAUAUCAGGCAGCUGCAAGAACAGCAUGACGAGCUCGAGAUCCUCCGGCGGGAGCUGGCCAUCUCCAGGCAAGCGCACAGCGAGAACCUGGAAGAGUCUACCACCACCAUCACCGCGCUCCGGGACGAGCUUGCUGCGAUGAAGAAGAUUACUGCGGUCAAUCCCAACAGCAACAGGGCGCUGGUGGACAAGAGUAAAGCAGAGUUGGACACGCAGUUUACGGAUACGAUCAAGGCUGUUGAAGAUAUCACGGAUAUCAUCGAUGCUGCCCGUAUCGACGCUUACAAGCGCUACGUGACGCCUUCCAAACGCCAGCUGGAUGAUAUCCGAGCGGAACUGGCCAAGUCGACGCAGAUGGUGGACGACUUUGCGAAAGCCGUCAAGCUUGCCGACCCGACUUGGCGAGGUACUUGGCAGAGCGAGUUGCAUCGCGUGAUGGAGGAGCAAAAGCUGCUGAACCAUCAGAUCAAGCUGGUGGGCGAUUUGAAGAAGGAUGUGGAGGAUGCGAAGAGUAUGUGGGGGUUUGUGGAAAACUUUGUGGAGCAGAGGGCGACGGGCAAUAGGCCUGUGAAAGUGAGGGUCGGCGCGGAUGCGGGGGAUGAGACGUCUGGCGGAGGGGAUAUAUCUACACUCUUGCUCGAAAUCCGAAACAAAGAAGCAGACCCCGACUCUCGUCUCCGCGCCAUCGAAGCCCAACAACGUAUGCGCGAAAAGGAGCGUCUAAACAAGGUGGACGACUUUGAAGCCGAGCUGCGCGGGUUUGUGGGGGGGCGCAAGUUGAAAAAGACGGGAGGGGCGGAAGAGGCGGAUAGGCUGAGGUUGAGGAAGGAUGAGGUGAUGUUGAGGGCGCAUCUGACUGGGGGGUCGGGGACGGCGACGCCGAGUACGGGGGGAAAGAUGGUGCCGCAAACGACUGGGCAGAGUGUGCAGAGUGGGAGAGGGCCGUUGAGCCCGCAAGGGACUGGGACGUCGGUGCCGCUUGUGGAUCCUGCGAGCGUGUCGUUACCCAACACUCCUGCAAAGAGCGACGAUCUGGGGAGUGCGGGUGGUACACCGAUCAAGAACGAGAGCGGACAGAGUGAACUGCCUGUAGACAGCGAAGUCCCUGUGUAG